AUGCGGAUCCUGUUUCUUACAGGCAUUUAUUACAUUGUUACUGCGCUGCCUGAAGUUAGAGAAAAACGUCAAACAAAGUGUCCUAGUGAUGGACAAUUUCUCUGCCCUGAUGGAGUAUGUAUUGAUGAGAUCCAUCUAUGUGAUGGAUAUGGUGAUUGUUGGGAUGAAAUUUUUUUACCUCCAGAACAGAGGACUAACGUGACUUCUGAUGAAACAGCUUCUCUCUGCAUCAACAGAAGAUGCCCGAAGUUUACUUUCCAGUGUGCAUAUGGAGCUUGCAUAGAUCAGGAAAAAAAAUGUGAUGGCUUUCCUGAUUGUUAUGACAAAUCUGAUGAAGAUGAGGAACUUUGUCGCCAACACUUAGAUGUUAAAUACUUAUCUGGAGGUUCCAAUGGAACGUGUGAAGUAUUUAGUUCACCUAAUCUAAUAUUAAACUGUACAAUUGCUGGAUACCCUGUUAGCUGCAAUAUUCCAUCAAACAAAGGCACGAGAAUGGUUAUGAGAUGUAAAAAUGGCUUUCAUAAACAAUUUUACAAUAGUUUCACUGUCGAAACAAUCUGUUUAGAAAAUGGAAACUGGAGCCCUCGGCCUCGUGAUGAUUGUACAGUCUGUGGAAGAAGGUACAGGAUUGGUGACUAUACUCCACUAAUAUCCUAUGCACAGAAUACAAAUUAUCUCGAGUAUCCUUGGCAUGCUGGAUUGUAUGAAAUAGAAGAAAGUAAGACAACGUACUUAUGUGGUGGCAGCAUAAUUCAUCCAAAAGCUAUUUUAACUGCUGCUCAUUGUGUGUAUAAUGAAGUUACCCACACAUUGGCUGAAAAAAAAUAUGUGAUAGCUGUGGGAAAAUAUAAUUCAUCUUGGGAUUAUAAGGACCCUCUUGAGGAGAGACUGCAGGUUAAAAAGGUCCAUGUAACUGAAUACUAUCUAGGACUUAAAAAUAGGUAUGAACAGGAUAUCGCCGUAUUAGAACUUGAUCAUGAAAUUCAGUUUCACACUGCUGUUUCAGCUGUGUGUAUCAAUUGGGAGAAUGAUUUAAACCUUCAUCUGAAACCAUCUGCUCUUGGAACAGUUGUUGGAUGGGGAAACACAGAAAAGAAUGUCACAAGCGAUAUUCUUAGGAUAGCGAAACUAAGAUUUUAUGAUUUUCGUGAAUGUAGAGACAAUGCUGAAAAAGAUUUUGAAACAUUUAUUACUCCUGACAAAAUCUGUGCAGGAUUAGGAAAUGAUACCAUUGUUCAGAAAGGAGAUAGUGGCGGUGGCCUCACUUUUCCAAGGCUCACCGAGAAGAAUAAAGAAGAAAAUUAUAUAUACGGAGUAGUUAGUAUAAAAGAUCAGUCUUCCAACAAAUUGGCUGCGUUUACUAAAGUCACUGAAUAUUUAAAUUGGCUAGAACAAAUUCUCAAUUCAAUAAUUAAUCAAGAUUUAAUAAGACAUAAAAUAUCCAGAGGAAGAGCAUGA